CGUUACAGGUGACAAGGAAGCGAGGGCAUGGCGUCGCCUGAGAGUAUGGGCAGCGCCAUGGAGGCGAGCAUGGAGGCACGGACGGGGCGGACGCUGGACGAGUGGGUGGCGACGGUGGUGGGCUCUGGGGUGGAUGAGCUGGACCAGAAGGCCGUCCGCAAGUGGCUGAGGGAGGUCCAUGACGUGCCGCUCAACAGCCAGUGGGCCAUUGCCCGCGCUGCGGCCAAGCAGGCCGGCUGGAUCGAGCCCGAUGUCGAGGGCUAUGCUGCCAAGCAGUACUCGGGCGCCAAGAGCACCCUGCGCCCGAUCUACGACCGCGUCCGCGAUGUGGUACUCAGCGCGGGCAAGGCCGUGACCGCUGCCGGCCGGUCGACGUACAUCCCGUUCACCCACAACCGCCAGUUUGCGGCGGUGAAGGCUGCAAGCCGGAGCAGGGUCGAUCUCGGCCUCCGCUUCACUGAUCCGCCCGAGAGCGAAUUGCUCUCCACGGCCACGCCAAUCGGGCAGACGACUCACAAGAUAGGCCUCAAGUCGGUGGACGACGUGACGCCCGAGGUUGUGGAACUGGUGGUUGCAGCCUACGAGCAGAACUGAGGCAGCGAAUGUGUGUGUGUCAUCUCACCGGAGCUGUUUUCAGUGCGAGUGAGUAAACCCAUUUAGAGACCGG